CUGAAGACUAGGAGUUGAAUCAUAACCCCUUGAUAAUAGGAAACCACUCUGAAUAUACACCGGUUCUUCUCCACAAACCAACUGCAUUUCUUUGCGACGUCCACAAAGCUUCCAAUCUAGCAGACGAGUUUAGCUCAACCGAGUCAGCAUCAUUGCGUUGUUUGCCAAGGAUACACCGGGAUAAAGCCGAACGGGAGUCUUCUUAUUUCAACAAAUUGAAGCUAUUGGACUAAAUCUCCGGUAUGAUCACAUCUUGCAAAGGCUGGAUCCCAUGACUGAAUGAGUUUGGUCCAGCGUUGCCAAGCAUGGAGCAGAUGGAUUGUAAGCCUUACCAGUCUUUGUCCAAAGCCCGGAAGGAGAUGGAGCAUGCCUACCCCAGCUCCUCGGACGAGAGCGAGGACGGACGCAACCUCUGUAAGUCCUACACCUCUCGAGAGACUCUGCCCGACUACGGCCAGGAGAUGAGACUCAACUACAACAGCCACCGAGCCAAGAGGAAAACCAUGGAUGAACCCACAGGAGAGCUGGACUUCUGUGAGUCGGGCCAACUGGCACGAUCCAGCUACCAGGCGGAGCUGCGCUCGGCAGCCCAGCUCAGCUAUCCGCUGGCGGUCAGCUCUGAUGUGGAGACGGAGGGAGAGGGAGGCCCCUCGCCCGACCACGCCCUCAGACUGUGGAUGCAGGAAAUCAAGUCCGAGCACAGCUCCUGUCUGUCCAGCCGGGCCAACUCUGUCCUGUCUCUUACCGACACUGAGCAGGAGAGGAAGUCUGACUGUGAGAACGAUAUCCCAGGCAGCCCCCCGGCCCAGUUCACCUUCAGACCGCUGCCUCCGCCGCCGCCCCCUCCGCACGCGUGCACAUGCGCCCGGCCGGCACCUCACAUCUCGGAGGCCCUGCAGAGGAACACCCUGCCAGCCCGGAGCCAGCAGGACCCAGACCUCCCCCCGCCGACAGACAGGGGACAGCUCCACAACAGCUGGGCCCUCAACAGCAACAUUCCCCUGGAGACCAGGCAUUUCCUGUUCAAACACGGUUCCGGCUCAUCUGCCCUGUUCAGCGCAGCCAGUCAGAACUACCCCCUGACCUCCAGCACAGUGUACUCCCCGCCCCCCCGCCCCCUGCCCAGGGCCACCUUCUCCCGGCCCAUGUUUACCUUCAACAAGCCCUACAAGUGCUGCAACUGGAAGUGCACGGCCCUGAGCGCCACGGCCAUCACCGUCACCCUGGCCCUGCUCCUCACUUACGUGAUCGCAGUGCACCUGUUUGGUCUCACCUGGCACCUCCAGCCCAUGGACAGUCAGCUGUAUGAGAACGGCCUGAGCAAGCUGGACCAAGACUCAGAGAGCAUCGACAUCACCUUCACAUCGUUUGACCUACCUGGCCUCAACAGCACCUUCAGAGAUAAGGAUGUGUUCCAGCGAGGCAAGGCCAUAGACAGGGGCGAGGUGGACAUCGGGACCACGGUGGUGCAGACCAUCCCUCCAGGGUUGUUCUGGCGCUUCUACAUCACCAUCCACCACCCAGAGUACGUCAAGUUCAAUAUCUCCCUGGCGCGAGACGCCCUGCUGGGGAUAUACGGGCGAAGGAACAUCCCACCCACACACACACAGUUUGACUUCGUCAAGCUGCUGGACGGUAAACAGUUGAUCAAACAGGAAGUCCAGUCUCCCGAGUUCCCCAUCUCCUCCCCCAGACACCUGAUCCUGGCCUCCCUGCAGGAAACAGGCUUCGUGGAGUACAUGGACGCAGGCACCUGGUACCUGGCCUUCUACAACGACGGCAGGAAGAUGGAGCAAGUGUUUGUUCACAGCACCGCCAUUGAAAGCAUGGAUGGCUGCUCAACUAACUGUCAUGGCAACGGGGAGUGUGUGGCGGGGCACUGCCACUGUUUCACUGGCUUCCUAGGCCCCGACUGCUCCAAAGACUCCUGCCCGGUCCUCUGCAGCGGUAACGGAGAUUACGAGAAGGGCUUCUGUCAGUGCCAUCCCGGCUGGAAGGGCUCUGAGUGUGACAUCCAGGAGGACCAGUGCAUCGACCCCACCUGCUCCAAUCACGGCACGUGCAUCAACGGACUCUGCCUGUGUAGUCCUGCCCACAAAGGAAACAACUGUGAACAAGUGGACUGCGUGGACCCUCAGUGUUCAGGUCAUGGUGUGUGUGUGAGAGGGGAGUGCCUUUGUUCCCCGGGCUGGGGCGGUCCUGACUGCCAGAGCCCUCUCCCAGCCUGCCAGGAGCAGUGCUCCGCCCACGGCACCUUCCUCCUGGACGCAGGAGCCUGCACCUGCGACCCCAGCUGGACCGGCACAGACUGCUCUACAGAGCUGUGCCCCGUGCCCUGCAGCCCCCACAGUGUGUGUGUGUCUGGGAGGUGCCAGUGCCAGGAGGGUUGGGAGGGGCCAGGCUGUGAGCAGCAGACGUGUGACCCCCGCUGCCAGGACCACGGCCAGUGUCGAGGGGGCCAGUGUGAGUGCCUCCCAGGCUGGGAGGGAGACAGCUGCAGCAUAGCGCAUUACUUGGACCUGGUUGUUAAAGACGGCUGCCCAGGGCUAUGCAGUGGACACGGCCGCUGCACCCUGGAGCAGAGCGGCUGGCACUGCGUGUGCCAGGCCGGCUGGAGCGGCGUGGGCUGCAGCGUCGUCAUGGAGACGGAGUGCGACGACAAUGCCGACAAUGACGGAGACGGUUUGACGGACUGUGUGGACCCAGACUGCUGUCUCCAGCCCAGCUGCCAGACGGGCUCACUGUGCCAGGGCUCCCCAGACCCCCUGGAGCUGGUGCAGAGCAGCCUGACCCCCUUCCCCUCCCUCCUGUCACGCCCCUUCUACGACCGCAUCCACUUCCUGGUGGGGAAGGACAGCACCCACGUCUUCCCAGGAGAUGUCCCCUUCGACAGCAGCCGAGCCGUGGUCAUCAGGGGCCAGGUGACAGCACAGGACACCACCCCUCUGGUGGGGGUCAACAUCAGUUUCCAGCACUACCCUGAGUUUGGCUACUCCAUCAGUCGCCAGGACGGCAGUUUCGACCUGGUGGCAGCUGGUGGCAUCUCAGUGUCCCUGGUCUUCCAGAGAGCCCCCUUCCUCACCCAGACACGCACCAUCUGGCUACCGUGGAACCAGUUUGUGGUGGUGGAGAGGGUCACGAUGAGCCGGGCCGAGAGACGCCCGCCUGUGUGCGACCUGAGGAACCUGGUCAGCCCCUAUCCCCUGGUCCUGCCCUCCCCCCUGACUCGCUUCUCCAGCGCCUGUGAGGAAAGGGGCCCUGCUGUGCCAGAGCUGCAGGCGGUCCAGGAGGAGAUCUCCAUCCCUGGGAGCUUGGUGAAGCUCAGCUACCUGAGCAGCCGCUCUCCAGGGUACAAGUCUCUCCUGAGGAUCAUCCUCACGCAUACGGCCGUCCCCCCGGGCCUGGCCAAGGUCCACGUGUCCACCUCCAUCGAGGGACGGCUCUUCCAGAAGUGGUUCCUCGCCGCCCCUAACCUGGUCUACGUCCUGGCCUGGAACAAGACGGAUGUGUAUGGGCAGAAGGUUCUGGGCUUGGCCCGGGCACAGGUGUCUGUUGGCUACGAGUACGAGUCGUGUCCGGACAUGGUAGUGUGGGAACGGAGGGUGGCUCAGCUGCAGGGCUUUGAGAUGAUCGCCUCCAGUCUGGGAGGCUGGUCUCUGGACAAGCAUCACAUCCUGAACAUCCACAGCGGAAUCUUACACAAAGGAACCGGGGAGAACGUGUUCAUCUCUGAGCAGCCUCCAGUCAUCCACACGGUGAUGGGUUCGGGGACAGCGAGGGCCAUCCCCUGCCCCAGCUGCAACGGCCCCGCCCAGGGCAGCAAGCUCUACGCCCCCAUCGCCCUCGCAUGCGGCUCCGACGGCAGCGUCUACGUGGGAGACUUCAACUUCAUCCGGAGGAUUCUCCCCAACGGCUUCGCCAUCAGCAUCCUGGAACUGAGGAAUCGAGAUGUCAGACACAGUACCAGCCCAGCACAUAAAUACUACCUAGCCAUGGACCCAGUGAAGGAAGCCCUGUACCUGUCGGACACCAGCAGCAGGAGGGUGUACCGUCUCCGCUCUCUGACUGAGCCCAAGGACCUGUCCAGGAACGUGGAGGUGGUGGCGGGGACAGGGGACCAGUGCACCCCCUUCGACCAGGGCCACUGCGGGGACUGGGGCAAGGCUACCGACGCCUCCCUCAACAGCCCCAGAGGAAUUGCGGUGGACAAAGAAGGACUUGUGUACUUCGUGGAUGGAACCAUGAUUCGCAAGAUAAACGGGGAAGGAAUCAUCUCAACCGUGAUUGGUUCGAAUGGUCUGACAUCCACGCAGCCUCUCAGCUGCGAUUCCCGCAUGGAUAUCUCCCAGGUGCGUCUGGAGUGGCCGACGUCGCUGGCGGUCAGCCCCAUGGACAACUCCCUGUACAUCCUGGACAACAACAUCGUCAUCCAGGUGUCGGAGAGCGCCCAGGUUCGCAUCGUGGCUGGCCGGCCAAUCCACUGUCAGGUACCGGGCAUCGACCACUUCCUGGUGAGCAGGGCAGCGAUCCACUCCACCCUGGAAGCAGCCAAAGCUAUCGCCGUGUCCCACGAGGGCGUGCUGUACGUGGCCGAGACGGACGAGAGGAAGAUCAACCGUGUGCAGCAGGUCACCACCAAUGGGGAGAUCUCGGUGGUGGCAGGUGGACCCAGCGACUGCGACUGCAAGAUCGACCCCAGCUGUGACUGCUUCUCUGGAGACGGAGGCUACGCCCGCGACGCCAAGCUGAAGGCUCCGUCCUCGCUGGCCGUCUCUCCCAACGGGACGCUCUACAUCUCUGACCUGGGCAACAUCCGCCUCCGCGCCCUCUCCCCCAACCGCCCGCGCCUCGACCCUGCCGGCGUGUUCCAGGUCACGUCCGUGGUCGACCAGGAGCUCUACCUUUUCAGCGCCAACGGCACGCACCUGCACACGCUCAGUCUGGUCACCAGCGACUACCUCUACAACUUCACCUACACCGGGGAGGGUCAGCUGACCUCCGUUGUCGCCGGCGACGGCAGUACAGUGCAUGUGCGCCGUGACGCCCACGGCGUGCCCCUCUGGCUGCUGGUGCCAGGCGGCCAGGUGUACUGGCUCACAGUCAGCAACGCCGGCCUCCUCAAGAAGGUCUCUGCCCUCGCUCACGACCUGGCGCAGAUCAGCUACCAUGGCAACUCGGGUCUCCUGGCAACCGUGAGCAACGAGAACGCGUGGACGACGGUCUAUGAGUACAACUUGGACGGUCACCUCAUCAAUGUCACCUUGCCAACGGGUGAGGUCAGCAGCUUUCAGGGGAGCAUGGAGAGGUCGGUGAGGGUGGAGGCAGACUCAUCCAAUCAGGAGAGGUUCAUCACCGCCACCAACUUCUCUGCCUCUAGCACCAUCUACACGCUACGCCAAGAGCAUGCCCAGAACACCUACCGGGUGAGCUCGGACGGGUCUCUGUCGGUGACAUUCGCCAGCGGCAUGGAAGUGACGCUGAGCACCGAGCCGCACAUCUCGUCUGGCGUGGUCAGCCCCACGGUGGGGAAGUGCAACAUCUCGCUGCCGGGCGAGCACAGCCACAGCCUCAUCGAGUGGAGACAGAGGAGGGACACGGCUCGGGCCAACUACACGGCCUACGAGCGCCGGCUGAGGGCCCACAACAGGAACGUGCUCUCCAUAGACUUCAACCAGGUCACGCGGGUAGGGAAGAUCUACGACGACCACAGGAAGUUCACCCUGAGGAUCCUGUACGACAGGAUGGGCCGUCCUGUCGUCUGGUCCCCCAGCAGCAAGUACAACGAGGUGAACGUCUCCUACUCCUCCGAGGGGCUGGUGACCAGCAUCCAGAGGGGGAACUGGUCGGAGAAGCUGGAGUACGAGAAUGGACGGGUGGUGUCCAGGACUUGGACUAACGGCAGGAUCUGGACUUACACGUUCCUGGAGAAGUCCGUCAUGCUACAGCUGCACAGCCAGCGCAGGUACACCUUUGAGUACGACCACACUGACUACCUGAUGUCAGUGACCAUGCCCAGCAUGGUCCGCCACAGCCUGCAGACCACGCUGUCUGUGGGCUACUACAGGAACACCUACACUCCCCCGGACAGCCGCUCAGCCUCCGUGCUGCAGGACUACAGCCAUGAUGGCCGCCUGGCACAGACCCUCCACCUGGGCACCGGCCGGCGGGUUCUGUACCGCUACAACCGGCAGGCUCGGCUGGCGGAGAUCCUGUAUGACACCACCCUGGUGACCUUCACCUACGAGGAGACCUCCGGUGGGGUGAAGACCAUCCACCUCACCAACCAGGGCUUCACCUGCACCAUCCGCUACAGACAGACAGGUCCUUUGGUGGGGAGGCAGAUCUACAGGUUUAACGUGGAGGGUCUUGUGAACGCCAGGUUUGACUACAGCUACAACAACUUCCGGGUCACCAGCAUGCAGGCCAUGAUCAACGAAACUCCUCUCCCCAUCGACCUGUACCGCUACGUGGACGUAUCUGGGAGGAUUGAGCAGUUCGGCAAGUUCAGCGUCAUCAACUACGACCUCAAUCAGGUCAUCACCACGCACAUUAUGAAGCACACUAAGAUAUUUAACGCCAACGGGCAGGUGAUCGAGGUGCAGUACGAGAUCAUGAAGGCCAUCGCCUACUGGAUGACCCUGCAGUACGACAGCUCAGGGCGCAUCACCGUCUGUGACAUCAGGAUCGGCGUGGACAACAACAUCACACGCUACUCCUACGAGUACGACGCCGACAGCCAGCUGCAGGCCGUGGCGGUGAACGACCGUGCCCAGUGGCGCUACAGCUACGACCUGAACGGCAACAUCAACUUGCUGAGUCACGGCAACAGCGCCCGACUGACGCCGCUGCGCUACGACCUCCGAGAUCGCAUCACGAGGUUGGGAGAGAUCAUGUACAAGAUGGACGAAGACGGCUUUCUCCGCCAGCGAGGGAACGUGGCGUUUGACUACAACUCCAACGGCCUCCUGGUCAAGGCCUUCGACAAGGUGUCUGAGAGGACGGUUUACUACCGCUACGACGGGCUGGGAAGACGGGUAGCCAGCAGAAGCAGCGACGGCCAGCAGCUCCAGUUCUUCUACGCCGACCUGACCAAGCCCACCAGGGUGACCCACAUGUAUAACCACUCCAGCGCCGGCAUCUCCUCCCUCUACUACGACCUCCAGGGACACCUCAUCGCCAUGGAACUGAGCAGCGGCGAGGAGUUCUACGUGGCGUGCGACAACUCUGGUACGCCGCUGGCCGUGUUCAGUAGCAGGGGACACAUCGUCAAGGAGAUGCGCUACACCCCGUAUGGGGACGUCUACUUGGACUCCAACCCCUCCUUUCAGCUGGUGGUGGGCUUCCAGGGGGGGCUGUACGACCCCCUGACCCGCCUGGUGCACCUGGGGAGGAGGGAUUACGACGUGGUGGCGGGGAGGUGGACCACUCCCAACCACAACCUGUGGAGUGAGCUGAGCGCCCGCCCUAAACCUUUCAACCUGUACUCCUUCAAGAACAACUACCCCGUGGGAGAGCUGCAGGACGUCAGGAAGUUCACCACAGAUAUCAGCAGCUGGCUGCAGCUGUUUGGGUUCCAGCUACACAACGUUGUUCCUGGGUACCCCAAACCAGAUGUGGAAAGCAUGGAGCAGACUUACGAGAUGAUGAAGACCCAGACCAAGACUCAGGACUGGGACCCCAGCAAGGUUCACCUGGGGGUUCAGUGUGAGCUCCAGAAGCACCUGAGGAACUUCAUCUCUCUGGACCGGCUUCCGAUGGGCCGAGUGAGCACUGGGCCGGGGCCAGGGCCCGGCCGGAGGCCACGCUUCUCCGCCAUCUCCUCCAUCUUUGGAAAGGGCGUGAAGUUCGCCAUCCGGGACGACGUCGUCACCACAGAGAUCAUCGGCGUGGCGAGCGAGGACAGCCGGCGACUGGCGGCCGUGCUCCACCGUUCGGUGUACCUGUCGGGGCUGCACUUCACCGUGGACGGCCGGGACACGCACUACUUUGUGAAGGCGGGACUCCUGGAGGAGGACCUGGGGGUGGUGGGUCACGGCGGGGCGGGCCGCGUGCUGGAGAACGGCGUGAACCUCACGGUGUCGCAGAUGACCACGGUGGUGGGCGGGAGGACGCGGCGUUUCGCAGACAUCCAGAUGCUCCACGGGGCGUUGUGCUUCAGCGUCCGCUACGGGGCCACGGAGGAGGAGGAGAGGGCCCACGUGCUGGAGGGCGCGAGGCAGAGGGGGGUGGAGCAGGCCUGGGCCAGCGAGCGCCGGAGGGUGGAGGAGGGGGAUGCAGGCUCCAGGCCCUGGACGGAGGAGGAGAGGCAGCAGCUGAUCUCUUCGGGGCAGGUGCCCGGCUACGACGGAUCCUUGGUCCUGCCUGUGGAGCAGUAUCCAGAGCUGUCGGACAGUGCCAACAACAUUCACUUCACGAGGCAGAGUGAGACGGGGAGGAGAACGAGCCGAGGACUCGCCGGUGCAGAGAGCAGGCCCGCUAACGGAAGAAUGAAAUCGUCAGAUAGUAGAAGUCACAGUGGGGGGAAGGCUACUUAGUGAACAGCUCUGUAAUUGCUGCUUCGUCUGGGCUAUCCACACAGGAGCUACAGGACAGUGAAUAGCAAGGUACUGAAACAAGGGGUAGUGAACUUGUGGAAAAUGCACAAUAUUUACACAAGCCGCUCUGUGGACGUAAAGAGACAACAACAACAAACUUUUACAUAUCAAAUAGGAUAUUGAUAAUAUAAAGGGAGUGGGACACACAUAUGGUGAACUUUGUAUCAUGUUUCAAAACAUUGUUUACGCUAGCUUAGUGUGGUGGCAAUGAACGUUUUUCAUUCUGUGUCGUUUUGGAAACACGUGUAUAGUUAUGGCUGAGGUGUGCUGAUGAGUGGAACUUUGAAACAGAUUGUUGAAGGGAGUAGCCGCUUCGAGUUCAUUUAUAUAUUUUUUCACCAAGUGAUCGUCCACACGAGGGCACCCAGCCAAAACUAAAAUAAUAAUUUUAUUUGUAUUUAUUUUUUCCCAGAACGCAACAUAGAUGUGUGGGAAACAUCCAGUUUGUUUGGAUCCAAACCCCUCUCGCUCACUCCCACCCAUCGCCGUCACGUGGGACGCUUUUAGUUGGUAUCUUGGAUAACUGUGUUUGUAAGAUGUUUGUGCUGGCAUUAUGUUCCAGGCCUCUCAUAUAUAAAUGAUACAUUUAGCACUGUGGAAUAGGUCAAACCAAAAGCAUGGGGUGAUUCUGCAGCGGGAGUCUGACCCAUCUGUAUUCUAAUAAUCACUUGAAUACAGUUUGGGUCAUCAUAAUUGUCAUUCUGUACAAUCUUAUCAUUGUUUACUUAAACUCUCAUUUGGUUGUAUUGCAAAAUGAAUAAUAUAAAACAUAGGCUAUAUGGUAUAUAACAUAUUUUGGGUAAACUGAUUAUUACUAAUAUAUUAUCCCUUCAAAGGAAACCAGUCACUCUCCCCGGAGAUGUUUCUGUUGAUAGUCAUAGUUUGAUAGCAAGGAGUGGAAGACAUCCAUGAUGUGAUUGAUCUGUGUAGACUGGUGAUAUGGAACACCCACAGCACGAUCUGUGUAAACUGGUGAUAUGGAACACCCACAGCACGAUCUGUGUAGACUGGUGAUAUGGAACACCCACAGCACGAUCUGUGUAGACUGGUGAUAUGGAACACCCACAGCAC